UUCUACUCCGGCUCCUAGUCUGCUAGUGCCCGCCUCAACGUCUGCUAGGUAGUGGGAUCUCUUCCAUUUUCGGCGUCCGAGUCUCCCGCGCCGCCGCUCAGGCCUCCGGACCCUUCGGAAGAGGUUCUGACUUGGCGCCCUAGCCCUGCUGUGGGCCCCGACGUCCCGGACCGCCGCAUCCUUUCUGCCGCCUUGGGUGCGUUGGGGUCUCCCGGGUUCGUGAAGCAAGGCCGCACUGUUUCAGGUUGUUUUCCUCUGGGGCACUUGCUCUAGUGAGGCGACCUCUGCGGUUUUUCCGGCCUCCUUGACGUGUGUUGGUUUCCUGCCGCUGUGGCCCCUCCAGCCCUUCUCCAGUUCCGGGUUCCAGUUUCUCUCCUUUCAGGCCUUCCCUGGGUUUAUGAAACUGUCGAGCUUUCCCCGCAGGGGCAGAGAACGUGAAGGGCGGGCUGGGAGUGGAGGACAACGCACGAAAGAUCUUUUGGAAAAUAUUGAAGAUUAUAAAAUUUAGAUGACCAAAAUGGAUAUCCGGGGUGCUGUAGAUGCUGCUGUUCCAACCAACAUUAUUGCUGCCAAGGCUGCAGAAGUCCGUGCAAACAAAGUGAACUGGCAGUCCUAUCUUCAGGGACAGAUGAUUUCUGCUGAAGAUUGUGAAUUCAUUCAAAGGUUUGAAAUGAAAAGAAGUCCUGAGGAGAAGCAAGAGAUGCUUCAAACUGAAGGCAGUCAGUGUGCUAAAACAUUUAUAAAUCUGAUGACUCAUAUCUCCAAAGAACAGACAGUUCAGUACAUACUAACUAUGGUUGAUGAUAUGUUGCAGGAAAAUCAUCAGCGUGUUAGUAUUUUCUUUGACUAUGCUAAACGGAGUAAGAACACUGCCUGGUCCUAUUUUCUGCCAAUGUUAAAUCGCCAGGAUCUCUUUACUGUUCACAUGGCAGCAAGAAUUAUCGCCAAGUUAGCAGCUUGGGGAAAAGAAUUGAUGGAAGGCAGUGACUUAAAUUAUUAUUUCAAUUGGAUAAAAACUCAGCUGAGUUCACAGAAACUGCGUGGUAGCGGUGUUGCUGUUGAAACAGGAACAGUCUCUUCAAGUGAUAGCUCUCAGUAUGUACAGUGUGUUGCUGGGUGUCUGCAGCUGAUGCUUCGGGUCAAUGAGUACCGCUUUGCCUGGGUAGAAGCAGAUGGGGUAAACUGCAUAAUGGGAGUUUUGAGUAACAAAUGUGGCUUUCAACUCCAGUAUCAAAUGAUUUUUUCAAUAUGGCUUCUGGCAUUCAGUCCUCAAAUGUGUGAAUACCUGCGGCGCUAUAAUAUCAUUCCUGUUCUGUCUGAUAUCCUUCAAGAAUCUGUCAAAGAGAAAGUGACAAGAAUCAUUCUUGCAGCAUUCCGAAACUUUUUAGAAAAAUCAACCGAAAGAGAAACUCGCCAAGAAUAUGCUCUGGCUAUGAUUCAGUGCAAAGUUCUGAAACAGUUGGAAAACUUGGAACAGCAAAAGUACGAUGAUGAAGAUAUCAGUGAAGAUAUAAAAUUUCUUUUGGAAAAACUUGGUGAAAGUGUUCAGGAUCUUAGCUCAUUUGAUGAGUACAGUUCAGAACUUAAAUCUGGAAGAUUGGAAUGGAGCCCUGUACACAAAUCUGAGAAAUUUUGGAGAGAAAAUGCUGUGAGGUUAAAUGAGAAGAAUUAUGAGCUCUUGAAAAUUUUGACAAAACUUCUGGAGGUAUCAGAUGAUCCACAAGUCUUAGCUGUUGCUGCUCAUGAUGUUGGAGAAUAUGUGCGGCAUUAUCCAAGAGGAAAACGGGUUAUUGAACAGCUUGGUGGGAAGCAACUGGUGAUGAACCAUAUGCACCACGAAGACCAGCAGGUUCGUUACAACGCUCUUCUGGCUGUGCAGAAACUCAUGGUGCACAACUGGGAAUAUCUUGGUAAACAGCUCCAAUCUGAGCAACCUCAGACUGCUGCUGCCCGAAGCUGAAGUGUGCCCUCCAGCCUUCCCAUUUCACCCGUGACACAGCACCUGGAGUGUGAAUCUCAGUAAUUAAAUGAAUUGUCAUUUUGUUUGUAACUUUCUUCUGUUGCAUAGCUUUCCCACUGCUGAUUUCUGGUAAAAGUGUUUGCCCAUUAACUUGUAUAAAAGAGUAGGUGCUUUCUGUCUCUAAGAAAAAUAUUAGUGUUACAUAUAUUGCCUGUAUUUCUAUAUUUAUUCUCUGGAAAUGAAUAUGGUUAUUAAAGGAUUCUCACUCCAA